UUGUGCUUUAGGCUCGAAGGGGGGCAUAGUAGAAACAGUCAGUGUCACCCAGAGUCUAGCUUACCAUUUUCUCCCAGACUGGUUCUACCCACAUCCACCUGAUAUGAUUUACCUGGUUUACAGUCAGUUGGUUUAUCCUCAGUCUUUCUCCUUCUUUCCCCGCAUUUUGGUUUUAAUUUUUAAAAUGCUUGACCCUUAACAUUCCACAAUAUCUUUUUGGCAUUUACGUCUUUUUUAUCAGUUUGAGUUUUUGUUUCUUCAUUUAUCCAUACAACAUAUUUACUGUACAUAUUUCAGAAAGAAUGGCAGAAAUUAUGGAAGAAGAUAAAGUUACCCGUAAAGAAGAAAUCUCUACUGCAGAGGACACAUGUACUGUAUUUGUAGUGGGAGAAGAUGUAAAAGAGGAAAUUACAGAAAAUCAAGGUGAAAUUGUCAAGAUUGAAGAAGAUCCUCUUUUCUCUGAACAAAAGAUACUAAAAAAGAGGAAGCUGACAGAUAAAAGAGAUAAAAGUUAUGCCUGUGGAAAAUGUGAUUAUGUGGCAACUCAAUUAUGUCAUUUGAAGACACACACCGACCAAGCUUAUAUUUGCUUGAUACACUUCUAAAAGAGGUUUUU